AUGGAGCAAGCGCAUGCGGCCAUCGUGCUGAGUCUUACUGACUCGCAGGUACUACACGUGAUCACGACGGCGACGGCUAUGGACGCAUGGAACACGCUGCAGCGCCUUAACGAGUCUAAGGAUAUGGCUAGUCGCAUGUGGUUGAAAGAGAAGUUUUCGACGUUUCGCUACACAGCGAGCUCGAUGGAGAAGCAUUUCGGGAAGCUGGAGGCUCUUGUUUUGCAGAUGGGCGGCGCGGGGUGCCGUACGGAUGAAGAAGACGUGUAUGCGACGCUGCUACGCAGCCUCCCAGCGUCGUUCGAAGGUUUGGUGCAGGCGUUCCGUAUGAGCGUCGGCAAAUUCACGUACGGAGACGUGAUGAGUCGAGUGUUGGCGGAGGACAUCAGACAGAAGGAGCAAGGCCGCAUAGAAGAGGAGACGGCAAUGUUAGCUGGAAGAGAAAGACAAGAAUGGAAGAAGAAGCCAUUCGACAAGCGUGGAAUCCAGUGCUAUCAGUUCGGAAAACGCGGUCACUUUAAGCGAGAGUGCCCAAACGGAGAUACUGAGACACACGAAUCAAACGUGGCGUUCCAUGUCACGACUACCCAUGGGGGCGUAUGCCGUGAGUGGGUGGUCGACAGUGGAGCGUCAAACCACAUGUGUGCAUCGAGGGAGGCAUUUGUGGAUUAUCGUGUUGAUCACAGCAACCGCACAGUGUCAGUAGCCAAGUCUGGCGUGACGUUACGAGUGCUUGGUGUCGGAACGGUCGUGCUUGACUUAAACGUUUAUUCUACAAUCCAGUCGGUUGGACAACCGACUGGAUUGGUGUGCGCUCGACUCGAAAACACACUGCACGUGGAGAAUUUAAGUCGCAAUUUGUUUUCAAUACCGGCGAUCUUGGCUAAGGCGAUGCAUGUCAGCAUGGACAUCAACGGGUGUAAGAUCUACCGGAACGGCAAGGUCGUUGGAAGCGGCACGAAGAGAGGUAAUCUUAUUUACCUAAACGUUGCCAAUGACGCUGAGUAUCAUGUAGCCUCUGAAGUAGGCGACCUAUGGCACCGUCGUUUCGGACAUGCGUCGCACGACUCGGUUGCAAAGGUCCUUGCAAAAAACAAGAUCUUUACUGGAAGUAUUAGCAAUAAGUUAUGCAAUGCGUGCGAACUUUCAAAGCAAGCACGAAAACCGUACCCAACGCACGAUACUGAUGUGAAUGUACGAUCGGAUAUCGUAUGCUCAGAUGUACUUGGACCAAUCAGCCCUGCGUCUCGAUCCGGAUGUGCGUACGCAGUGACGUUCAUUAUGAUGAAGACACGCUUUGUAACGGGGCACCCUGAAGCUUGUACUGGUGACAGUACAAGCUACUUAUUCUGA